AAACAGCACACCGGUUGCACGCACGCAGGCUGGCGCUGACACAUACUAGUAGCGACUGGCCCCAGUAGCCGCUAGAAGAUUCUCACCCACGGGCACUGCCUUUUCCCAAAAGGCGGAAAGAUGGGGCAGGAGGCGGAUGCGGAUGAGCAGCUGCAGCGGCGGCUCCGGCGGGUGUUCGCUGCCGAGGAGCGGUCGUUCCGCAUGGAUCGGCGCUCGCCGGCCGCCGCCGACCUCCGCUCCGCCGUCGCCGACGUGCUCCCCCGAUUCCUCGGCAACUACUCCGACGAGACCCUCGCGGAGUACAUUGUAAUUUUAGUUUGUAAUGGGAAACAUCAGUAUCAAGCACGCGAUGAUUUGGAGGCCUUUCUUGGUGAUGAUAGUGCAAAAUUUGUUGCAUGGCUUUGGGGUUACCUAAGCAAAACGGCUGUAGCACUGGCUAAUGAUUCUAGCGUGCAACAUAGGCUGGAAAAUGAAAGUCAGGACCGGAAUGACAAGAAAAAUCUUCUGGUCUCAAAAACCCAACCCGGGGAGGCUCAUAUUGCAAACUCAAAUAUCUUAGUACCACAAGAGCAUAAUGGCCUUCACAAGCUUGAUUUAAGUAAGGGACAAAAUGUGGCCCAGCGACGCAUUAGUUCAACUGUUACCAUUUCCCCUAAAAUGGUGGCUGGUGACGAAUGUUAUCGGGAGGGCCAGCAUCAGAAGAAAGAUUGGAGUUUAACAGGUGGCAGAAGUUCCUCCAUGCGGCAGUCUGGUGUAGCUGCAAAGACUGAACAUACAUUGAUGCAAGAGGAACCCCAUGAUGAGCAUCUUGGCGGAAAUUCCUCCACAAGACGUUUGCCUGUGGCCAUGGGAACUGAUGAUGGUGAAGUGCCAGAAUCCAUGAGAAGGCCCCGCAAUGUUUGGGACAGGCUAGGGAAGCCUGCUAUGGAGGAUCAAGGUUUAGCUACAGAAGCUGACAACAUGCAUGUUGAAAAUAUAAUGCAUAAGAAGGCCAAGUUAAUGGUGUCUGAGCAUGAACGAAGAUGCCGUGUUAACUCAAGUACGGAAGGCGAUUUAUUUGACAGAUCAAAUUCUGGAAACUUUUCCAGUAGUUACCCAGAUGUCAAUACAGCACACGCACAUGAGCCCGGGGAGAAAUCCAACAGAAGCAGGCUGACCGGUCGGUUGAAUUUUGGUGAUGUGGAGCGUAAUCGUCAUCAAGUUAGAGAUGUUAUUAGCCAGAAGUCUACUUCAACUCCGCCAGUGAAAAGUUUUGUUUCACAAAGUUUGAAUGAGUUCACAUCCAAGGUGAAGAGCUCACCUGCAUCAGUUUCUGAACCAGCACGGCAUGCAAACUCGUUAAAAGGACAUGUAUCAGCAUCUGACAAAUUGUCCCAGUUAAAUAUGCGGCUAAAUUCAGGAACUGAUGUUUUGCAAAGUCAGCAAAUUAGCAGCCCUGCACAGUCCAAGAGUGGGUCUUCUGUUCGUGAAGAUGGUGGCAAUUACAGUAACAAACCAGUAAAAGAUGAGAUGUUGGAUGUGAAACUAAAGCUAAAGCAGGUGGAACUAGACAUGCUCAAGCUUCGGUCCAAGCAGGCGCAGAUAAACAAUGGGAAGCAAGGAGCCCUCCCAUCAGGUUUGUCCUAUUGUUCUUUAGUCCCUUCUGUUUCUAUAUGAAUACAUUCAUACAAA